AUGGAACAGUCCCAUCCAAGCUACGGAAAACCCUUAGAAGUCGCUCAGCGUCUUGAAGCAGAGGGCGACAAUGUUCCUUCUAUUCCCAAAGCGAAUCCUCGAUUGCGACUCCGGGGGAGCAUGAGUGACUUAUACAGGGGACAGGGUAAACAAGGGCGGGACAAGUGGAAGGAAACGAAAAGCCCUCAAGAAGGAAAAGAAAAGGAGAAAGACAAGGGGAAAAUAAAGACGCGAGUAUGGGAGGGAAACGGGCCCUGGGACAUGGAUAUUGGAGAAGAAGAAAGAGGGAGAUUCAAGGUCGGUCACAUUCUCAUGCAUAAUUUUCUAAACCAGUGA